UUCACAGUGCGCAUGCGCAGAACAGGGCUAGAGGAACCCGUGUAAUGGCUGUGGAUGGUGUGCGGGAGAACCGAUAUCCCGCCGCUGAUUUCUCCCGAACUACAGCUCCGUCAGACCGGCUACAGCUCCCAGCUCUCCCCGGGCCUACCAUGAUCCACAUCCCCGCGGAGCAGCGCGAUCACAGUGGGCCGAGCAGCGGGAACUGAACUCUAUCAGCUGGUUCUGAGGGCAGCCCGUGGCCAUGGCUAUGAGGGAACGUCUGAAGGCGGUGCUGAACGUGGGCCUGCGGGUGCCGAGCAUCAUGCUGUUGGAGGUUCUGUACCGCUGGGACGUCAGCUCCUUCUUCCAGAAGAUCCAGAGGAGCAGCCUCAACAACAACCCCCUCUUCCAGUACAAGUACCUGGCCCUCUACCUGCACUACGUGGGUUAUAUCCUGAGCCUGGUUCUGCUGACGCUGCCACGCCAGCACUUGGUGCGCCUUUACCUGUAUGUUCUCACGGCUCUGCUGCUCUAUGCAGGACACCAGCUCUCCAGGGAUUACGUUCGUAGCGAGCUGGACUCUGGCUAUGAAGGUCCUCUGUACCUGGAUCCGCUCUCCAUGAACCGCUUCUCCACAGCUCUUAUUGGUCAGCUGGUGGUGUGUACGCUGUGCUCCUGUGUGAUGCAGACUAAGCAGAUCUGGCUGUUCUCUGCUCAUCUGCUUCCUCUGGUGGCCAGGCUUUGCCUGGUGCCCUUAGAGACCAUCGUCUUCAUCAACCGCUUCGCCAUGAUCUUCACAGGUCUGGAGGUGCUCUACUUCCUGGCCAUGAACCUGCUGGUGCCCUACAACCUGGCCAAGACUGCGUACAGAGAGCUAGCACAGGUGGUGGAGGUGUACGGGCUGCUGGCUCUGGGGAUGUCUCUGUGGAAUCAGCUGGUUCUACCUGUGCUCUUCAUGUGCUUCUGGCUGGUGCUGUUCGCUUUACAGAUCUACACCUAUUUCAGCACUCGAGAUCAGCCGCCGUCUCGCGAGAGACUGCUCUUCCUCUUCCUCACCAGUAUUGCUGAGUGCUGUUGUACUCCAUACUCUCUGCUGGGGCUGGUCUUCACUGUUUCCUUCGUGGCGCUGGGCGUCCUCACUCUCUGCAAAUUCUAUCUACAGGGCUACCGAGCCUUCAUGAAUGACAACGCCAUGCCCAGGGGGAUGACAGAAGGGAUCACUCUGCUGAUUCUGUCUGUUCAGACUGGACUGAUUGAGCUCCAGGUGAUCCACCGGGCCUUCCUCCUCAGCAUCAUCCUCUUCAUCGUGGUGGCCUCUAUACUGCAGUCCAUGCUGGAGAUUGCUGACCCCAUAGUGCUGGCACUGGGGGCCUCCAGAGACAAGAGUUUGUGGAAGCACUUCAGAGCCGUCAGCCUCUGUCUCUUCCUUCUGGUGUUUCCAGCCUACAUGUCCUACAUGAUCUGCCAGUUCUUCCACAUGGACUUCUGGCUGCUCAUCAUUAUCUCCUCCAGCAUUCUUACCUCACUGCAGGUUCUGGGCACCCUGCUGAUCUACGUGCUGUUUAUGGUGGAAGAGAUCCGUAAGGCUCCUGUGGAGAACAUGGACGAGGUGAUUUAUUACGUGAACGGAACGUACCGGCUGCUGGAGUUCGUGGUGGCGCUGUGCGUGGUGGCGUACGGCGUGUCGGAGACGCUGUUCGGCGAGUGGACCGUGAUGGGCUCCACCAUCAUCCUGGUGCACGCCUACUACAACGUGUGGCUGCGGGCACAGCUGGGCUGGCAGAGCUUCCUGCUCCGCCGAGACGCCGUGCACAAAAUCCAGAGCAUGCCCACGGCCUCCACCCUGCAGCUCCAGCAGCACAACGACAUCUGCUCCAUCUGCUAUCAGGACAUGAAAUCAGCGGUAAUCACCCCCUGCGGACACUUCUUCCACGCUGGCUGUCUGAAGAAGUGGCUCUACGUGCAGGAGACCUGCCCACUGUGCCACAAUCAGCUGAAGAGCCAGGCACCGUCCGCAAACACUCCUGCUCCACCUGCCCCGGAUACCCCUGAUACCCCCGAUACCCCACCAGCCAAUCAGAACUCUCCAGAGACAGAGCGAGGAGAAUCGUCCGGCGGGUCGGACUCAGAAGAAAAAACCACGUCUGCUGAGAAAACCUCACCAGAUCUGGAGCCCCAGUCGAGUCUUCAGCAAACUUCUGCAGAUCCAGAGCUGGAAGAGCCUGAACCGUCGCUGCAGAUGAUUAUUCCAGAAGAAUCCGAAGAAUGUGAUUGGUCGAGGUGUGAGAAAAGCGGUGAAGACCAGACUGAAGAGCUCGCGGACAGUGAAGAUCUGCACUCCACUUCUUUAGGCGUCUCUCCUCCUUCUUAAGUAGAUCUGUGCUCAGCUUAAGUCUGCUUAGAGUCUUUACUAAGAGUCUUAGAGUCGAGGUUCUUUCACACAAAGUACGUUUUUUUCAGACACAACGGAUGUGAUUAUAUUUAUAACAAGUCUUACAGCUCUUAUUAAAGUCCAUUCUUUCUGUUUCUCUGCUCCCUGUCCACUUCAGCGCUCUUUAAUCUCAUCCCCCACAUAGUACACUAGCAAGGGACGCUAAAAUAGCAGAGCUGAGAUGGUUUAUAAUGAGCCUAUCCACUAUUUCCUUUUCUUAUUUCCCGUUAUCUCACUGCAAACUACAGUAGGGAGCCUGAGAGUGAGAUUUAAAUGAAUAAGGGUAUAGCUAAAAGCUAAAAUUCAAACUAACUAACUAACUACUAACUAGUCCAGGAUAUUCUUUUAAUUUUCGAUUAAAAUUCUCAAACUAAAACGAUGCGAUAUAUUGCAAUAUCUAUAUUUUGUCCCACCCUUAAACAACGUUAUUACAUUCUUAAAUCAAAUCAGCAUUCAAUAACAAUAUCUGUAGUUUUGGAUGCCACAUAUCGAUAAUAUUUAACAAACGAAAACGAUACGAUAUAUGGCGAUAUUGAUAUUUUGACCCACCCUUAAACAGCAUUACUUACCUACCUAAAUCAAUCAAUAUUCAAUAACAAUAUCUAUAAUUUUGGACACCAUGUUUCGAUAAUAUUUUGCAAGUGAAAACGAUACGAUAUAUAACAAUGUCGAUAUUUUGUCCCACCCUAAAACAAUAUUGCUUACAUUCUUAAAUCAAAUCAACAUUCAAUAACUAUCUAUAAUUAAGUCAAAUCAACAUUCAGUAACUAUAUCAAUCAUUUUAAAUGCGACAAUUCGAUAAUAUUUUGCAAACGAAAACGAUUUGAUAUAUCGUAAUAUCUAUAUUUUGUCCCACCCUUAAACAGAGUUAUUACUUUCUUAAACUAUUUGACCUAUUCACAAACCAAAACGAUAUGAUACAUUGCAAUUUCGAUAUUUUGUUCCACCCUUAAACAGCAUUACAUGCUUUCUUAAAUCAAAUCAACAUUCAAUUACAAUAUCUCUAAUUGUGCAUGCAACAUUUCGAUAAUAUUUUACAAACAAAGACGAUACAAUGUUUCGCAAUAUCAGUAUUUUGUCCCACUCCUAAUGUGUGUUGAUUUCGUUUUUGGUUUACGUUUUAUCUUUUUUUUUUCUUUCUUUUCUUUUAUGUCCGUAAAUAUCGUACUCUGUGUGAAAGAACCUUAAUGUUGCCAGUGUGUGAAGAAAUCCUCGUGCUGGAUGUUGAUGUUGAUGGUUGAACUGGACACGCCCGUUUCAUAGGUUUAUGAUGAUGAUGCUCUUUAUCAGAGCUGUUAAGAGUUAGGUCUUCUGAAUUUGUAUGAACUUCAAGCUUAUCUGAGCUUUUAAUUCCAAACUGUUGGAUAUUUUUUACAGAAGCUCUGAUUAUAUUUCAAAUGGUCCCUAAAUUUCCUCUUCCUGCACUACAAACAUUCAACCACAAUCGCUUCAGCUUCUGAAAGUCGAAUGAUCUGAAACGUUGAAAUUGACUGAAAACUGUUACAUUUGAAGGCGUAUAAUUAUGAUUUUGACUGAAGUUUACUCAAUUUGUUGAUGCACCCUGAUCCUGAUGGACGGAAAAGAAUGAUGCACCAAACUGAUACGUUCACACAGCAGAUAAAAGUGACCCAAAUCUGAUUAUCUGGCCAAAUCUGAUGUUUAUUUCAUGCAGUUUCCACUUUUAUGUGGUGAUUUCUUUAUGUGAUCUAUAUCUGAUAUCCGUCUAAACGGUUUUUGUUGUGUAACUGAAGCACAUGUGCUAAACAACAGCUAUUUGAGCUUCACGUGAAGUUUCAGUUUCGUUCCCGUUAGAAUCUCUAAGUCUUUGAGCUUAUUUAUUAGAAAAAGUGAGACACAUCAGCCCGGAUAUUUGAUAUAUUAGCUUAUUAUGCCAACCCUAAAUUCCUGAACUCACUGCUUUUCCUGUCUACUUACAGUGUUAAGCUGUAUUCAGAUGGGAUAAGUUUCUUAGGGGUGUUAGGGGAUUCUCUGUGAUUUUAUUCCCGUCCAGAACCACCAUGUACGUGUUACAGGCUGAAUUAUCUACUGUUUUUCUCUGAACUCCGUGCUCCUCCAGUAAUUUUAGUCCCGUCCGGACGCACAUCUCUGAGUUUCGUCUCCUCCCCUUUAAUAAAAUAGAUAUUUGUCCACUGCCGCUCACCGUAAUUACACUUUGGCUGCGCCACGGUUUCCACAGAGAUCCAUGUUAAAAAAAACACAACAGCGAGUGGAAACGGAGGAGCUACUGAACGCCGUGAUGUCGUGGGACCGAGAAAAACAAGCCUAAAAACUCACUGGUCCUCCUGUUUUUUAGGGCUUUUUUCCCCCACUUUUUUCUUGAUCAAGAAAUUGCAUGAAUUCUGAUCUGGCCAAAUCAGAUAUUUAUCAGAUUUUACGUGGUUUUAAACAGAUUUUUUCCACUUUUACCUGCUGUGUGAGCGUGUACGCCUUAAAGCUGUUUUCACACUGAACAUGGAAAUUUCACAGCUAUGCUUUCAGAUACAUCGUUUUCAUUAGGAUUUCUGGCAUAGGUGCGAAUGCUUAGGCUUUAAAAGAACAAUGUACAUUAAUAUUCAAGUCAACCAAACUAUUAAGAGAAAUAUAUGAAAUUAUUUAGUAAACAAAAAGUGUUAAACAAACCAGAAUAUGUUUUAUAUUUUAUUUACAUUUUAUUUAUGAUCAGUUUUGAACGUCUCUGCUGGAUUUUCUCAGUCAGUUUUAUGAGGUAGAGUAACCUGGAAUUCAGGCUUUCAGUUAACAGCUGUGCUGAACUCAUCAAGAGUUAAUUACUUGAAUUUCUUGUCUCUUAAUAAAGUGUUUGAGAGCAUCAGUUAAAGUAAAGUAGUGAAGAGGUAGAGUUACAGGUAUACAGUGAAUAGUGAAUAUUUGAGUAAUGUUAAUUUUUAGAAAAGUGCAGUUACAGCAAAGACCAUCAAAAACAUUAUGAUGAUGGAACUGGCACUCAUCAGGACCGCCCCAGGAAAGAAAGAGCCAUAGUUUAUCAGAGUUACCAGCCUCAGAAAACGCAAGUUAACAUCUCCCCAGAUAAGAGCAGCUAAAUAAUAAAAUGUUUCACAGAUUAUUUUGGUUUGUUUAACACUUUUGUCUCUAAAUCAGUUAGUUGUUUGCUAAUAUCGUGCAGCUUUAGUUCAGUGUGAAAACAGUUUAAUAAUACAGAAUUUGUGCUACAUGUGAGUCAGAAUACCUUUAUCUCAUGUUUACUGUAAGGAUCUCUGUGUUUACUCUGUGUGAAACAGAAUUAGGAUCUGGAUCUGGAUCUGAAUCUGGAUCUGGAUCAGCUUUUAUUCUUUAAAGCCUGGAUGUGAGAAUCUAAUAUUUUUGGACGUAGACAAUCAGUAGAAGUAGAAAAGGGUGAAGAAUCACGUUAUGCAUUAUGGGUUCGCCUCCUGAAAAAAUGUCCUGCUUUAUUUCAGUGUCCUGAUUUCAAUUCCACCCCAAAAAAGGGCAAAUUAAGAUUACAUAGCCACUUGUUUUUUAUAUUAGAUAUAUAUUUAUCAGAUGAGUGUCUCUAUUGAGAUUUAUUUUGUGUAUAGUAGGCCUGUCACAAUAACCAAAAAAUUUCUUUUUGGACAAUAUAUUUUCACCUUAAAUGAAAAUUCUGUAAAUUAUAAAGAUUUUUUUGAUCAUUUUUUCAUUUUAGGACCAAAUUGUGCCGAUUAUGAUUUAAUUAUACUAAUAAAACACAAUACUACGUCAACACAUUAGCUUUAAAAAUUAAUGAUUAUCUAUAUAUUUUCAUAAUUUAGUUAAAAUUUGAAUAUAUAAAGUCCUCACACUGAAGUAGCAAGCAAAAUAAAAUCCCUAUUCUUAAAUAGAAUUCACGAUAUUUGGCCUGUUUUGACCUGUAGUUCGUUUCUCUGGUUUAAAUCAGUUUAACGAGUUUGUUAUCUUUGGUUUCAACAAUCGCGUUCUCUCCUCUAAUUGGUCAGAGCUGGGUGGGCGGGGCUAAUAAAGGAAAUACAGGGAAAAGGUUCUGUGUUCUGCACCAUCACACAGUAUUUUAUCAGUGUAGUUUAACAUGCAGCAGCAGCAGAGAUUAGCAUUAGUUAACAGCUGUAGUGAUUAUUAUCUUGGUAAUAAAUCAAGUUUAACUGCACCUGAACAGCCAAUUAGCUCAAACAUGAGGAGUAGAUUUGCUAGGCAGGUUACGUUCUUUUCUUUUAUAGGUUAGAGCUGUUUGGGGCGGGGCUAAUAAAGUAAAUACAGGAAGAUGGUUCUGUGUUCCGGAUUAGCACAUGUAGAGUACUUGCGGCAGAUUGGAGAUUAGCUUUAGUAGUAAAUCAGGUUAAACUGCACCUGUACAGCUAUUUACCUCAAACAUGAGGAGUAGGUUUUUUUGGUGGGUCACGUUCUUUUCUCUUAUUGGUUAUAGCUGUUUGGGGUGGGGCUAAUAAAGUCAUUAUAAUAAUAAUGUUCUGUGUUUCGGAUUAGCACAUGUACAGUAUUUCAGUGUAGUUUAACAUGGAUUAGCAUUAGUUAAAAGCUGUAGUGAUUAUUAUCUGGGUAAUAAAUCAGGUUAAACUGCACCUGAACAGCUGAACAGUGUAUUUAAUGGACGAGUCAUGUUCUUUAAACUUAUUGGUCAGAGCUGUUUGGGGGAGGGGCUGAUAAAGUAAAUACAAAAAGAAUGUUUUGUGUUAGAGGACCAUGAGCGUGAUGAUUGCUGUUUUUAUGCCUGCCCAAAUUAAUCGCAGAAUCUAAUUUAACCGGAUUAAAGUAACUAAAUUGAAUGGUAUUAAGUUGAUUAUAUAUAUAUAUAUAUUGUGACAGGCCUGCUGUAUAGAAUGAUGUGACGCCUUUCUGCAAAGUCAAAAUACGCAGAUUUCUUUGUCCAGCACGAAGUCCCUGUGCGUAUAUAUGAGGUACAGCCCUGUAUGUAUGAGUGUGUAUAUGUAUGUAUGUAUGUAUGUAUGUAUACAAGUUGCUACAUGUAUAGCUAUCUACUCUUCGUUCCUGAAACUGAUAAAGCGAUUUUUGAUAUGCCGAACAGUGUUUAAAGCAGCGUCGUACGUUAUGGCGUGACCUUCAGGCUUGCGGGAACACUUCAGUGACCUCUAGUGGUAGAAGUGGGAUUGAGCCUGAAGACACUGAACCGUUAGCGCUGCUAAAAUGCAGACUAGCGUGACGUUUAUUAACGACAGUAUUACAGCUUUUUUCUUUCGUAUUUGGCGGGUUUGUGUACACAUGAAUACAUAUAAAUAUAUAAUAAAAUGUAUGAGCGAACACAGACGCCAGGUACGUAUAUAAUAAUCUGAUAGUUAUGAUAAUGUAAUCUAAUAAUGUUAGUUUUGCACUUUUUUGAAGGAAAUAAAAUGAGGAGGUGGGAAAGCGUGUAGCGUUUAUUUCAGCACUUUUUCCCUCCAUUAUUUUAGUUUUUUUUAUUCAGUGUAUUUUCAGCAGCCUAAAUAAGCAAAACUCUUAAUUUGAAUUUAGUAUUUUUUGUUUUUUGUUACCUUUUAUUUCAUUUUUCUUUAUCUACUUUUUUAUUAUUAAAUAAGAAUGUGUGAAAAAAAGCUCACCAGACUGUAAACUUUUAUUAUUUUUUUCUUUUUUGUAAAUGUAAUCAAUUUAUAAUGCUGAAUGUAAUGCUGAAAUAAAUGGUUUAUUGCUUAA